UCAGUCAUCGGCAAGUGCGGUUGGAAUUAUAUUCUGUUGAGUGAAAAUAGUUGAAUUUAAGUGGUUUUACCAUUGAAAAUGUGCUAAAUGGUACCGAAUCUGAUGGAAUCAGAUGAGAGAUGACUGCAACGGAAAUGACUGAUAAGUAAGAAGAAGAACGCAAGGAAAGGCGAACGGAAACCGUUCGCUGCAUUUGUUUGAAUUCGUAAAGUGUAAACAUCAUCGCCAAGCGGCAGAGAAAGCGCAAUGUAUUUAUACAACUUUAUCCUACAGCGCGCCACCGGCAUAACCCACGCGGUACAUGGCUGCUUCGCCGGCACCAAACAGCAGGAGAUCCUGCUGUCCAAGGGCAAGAGCCUGGAGCUGGUCCGACCGGAUCCCAACACGGGGAAGGUGCACACGUUGCUGCAGACGGAGAUCUUCGGGGUGAUCCGGUCGUUGAUGUCCUUCCGGUUGACCGGUGGAACAAAAGAUUAUGCCGUCGUCGGUUCGGAUUCGGGACGAAUUGUCAUUCUGGAAUACAACCCGACCAAGAAUCAGUUGGAAAAGGUUCACCAGGAAACGUUCGGUAAAUCUGGAUGUCGUCGAAUUGUGCCGGGUCAAUUUUUGGCCAUCGAUCCGAAGGGUCGUGCCGUCAUGAUUGGAGCGAUUGAAAAGCAAAAGUUGGUUUACAUCUUGAACCGUGACUCGGAAGCUCGCUUGACUAUUUCAUCCCCGCUGGAGGCCCACAAAUCGAGUACGUUGACUUACCACAUGGUUGGAGUCGACGUCGGAUUCGAAAAUCCCAUGUUUGCCUGUUUGGAAAUCGACUACGAGGAGGCGGAUCUGGACCCCACCGGAGAAGCCGCCGCCAAGACGCAACAGACCUUGACUUUUUACGAGUUGGAUCUGGGAUUGAAUCAUGUGGUCCGGAAGUAUUCGGAACCGUUGGAAGAGCAUGCCAACUUCUUGAUCUCUGUUCCCGGAGGCAACGAUGGACCUUCGGGUGUAUUGAUUUGCUCGGAAAAUUACUUGACGUAUAAGAAUCUCGGAGAUCAGCACGAUAUUCGUUGUCCAAUUCCUAGACGGCGAAACGAUCUGGAUGAUCCGGAGCGUGGAAUGAUCUUUAUAUGCUCGGCAACGCAUAGGACCAAGUCGAUGUACUUUUUCCUGGUCCAGACAGAGCAGGGAGACAUAUUCAAAGUCACAUUGGAAACCGACGACGAUGUCGUAUCGGAGAUCAAACUAAAAUACUUCGACACGGUCCCCCCCGCUACGGCCAUGUGCGUGCUGAAAACAGGUUUCCUCUUCGUGGCAUGUGAGUUUGGCAAUCACUAUCUCUAUCAGAUCGCUCACCUCGGAGAUGAUGACGAUGAACCGGAGUUCAGUUCGGCAAUGCCGUUGGAAGAAGGGGACACUUUCUUCUUCGCUCCUCGACCGCUGAAGAAUUUAGUCAAUGUCGAUGAAAUCCAUUCGUACGCUCCGAUUCUGGGCUGUCAAGUGGCAGAUUUGGCCAAUGAGGAUACGCCACAGCUCUAUCUUGCCUGCGGUCGAGGACCACGGUCUUCGAUCCGAGUACUCCGCCAUGGACUGGAAGUCUCGGAGAUGGCCGUUUCGGAGCUGCCCGGUAAUCCGAACGCCGUCUGGACCGUCAAGAAGCGCAUUGAUGAGGAGUUCGAUGCGUACAUCAUAGUGUCGUUCGUGAAUGCCACCCUGGUGCUGAGCAUUGGCGACACAGUCGAGGAAGUCACCGACAGCGGCUUCCUGGGAACGACACCGACCCUGAGCUGUUCGGCGCUGGGGGACGACGCGCUGGUGCAGGUCUAUCCGGACGGCAUUCGGCACAUCCGCGCGGACAAACGUGUCAAUGAGUGGAAGGCACCAGGCAAGAAGACUAUCACCAAGUGUGCCGUCAACCAGCGGCAGGUGGUGAUUGCCCUGUCCGGUGGGGAGCUGGUGUACUUCGAGAUGGAUCCGACCGGUCAACUGAACGAAUACACCGAGCGUAAGAAAAUGCCCAGCGACGUUAUGUGCAUGGCCCUGGGAUCGGUCCCGGCUGGAGAGCAACGGUCCUGGUUCUUGGCCGUCGGUUUGGCCGACAAUACGGUCCGAGUGAUUUCGCUCGAUCCCAGCGAUUGUCUGUCGCCUCGAUCUAUGCAGGCCCUGCCAUCGGCGGCCGAAUCGCUCUGCAUCGUCGAGAUGGGAACCGGCGACACGAAUGAGGAAGGUGUUGCCUCGUCCGCCGGAUGUAUCUACCUGAACAUCGGUCUGACCAACGGUGUACUGUUGCGCACUGUGCUGGAUCCGGUGUCGGGAGAUUUGGCCGACACACGAACCAGAUAUCUUGGAUCGCGGCCGGUCAAACUGUUCCGCAUCAAGAUGCAGGGAGCGGAAGCAGUCCUAGCCAUGUCCAGUCGAACGUGGCUCAGCUAUUACUUCCAGAACCGGUUCCACCUGACCCCGCUGUCGUAUGAAACGUUGGAAUAUGCGUCCGGUUUUUCGAGCGAGCAAUGUUCCGAAGGUAUCGUAGCCAUUUCAACGAACACCUUGAGGAUUUUGGCUCUGGAGAAACUGGGAGCGGUGUUCAAUCAGAUUACCUUCCCCUUGGAAUACACUCCGAAGCGAUUCCUGAUUCACAAUGAAACGGGAAAGUUGAUCAUCAGUGAGACGGAUCACAAUGCUUACACGGAGGAGACGAAAACCAUCCGGAAGAAGCAGAUGGCGGACGAGAUGAGGGAGGCAGCUGGGGAAGACGAACAGGAAUUGGCCAAUGAGAUGGCGGAUGCCUUCAUCAAUGAGGUGCUUCCGGAGGACAUCUUCUCGGCUCCGAAGGCCGGCACGGGAAUGUGGGCGUCCCAGAUAAGGGUGAUGGAUCCUGUCAACGGUCAUACCUACUCGAAGGUACAGUUGGCCCAGAACGAAUCGGUCAUGUCGAUGGCCUUGGUGAGAUUCAUUGUUGAUCAGAAGUGGUACGUUGUGGCUGGACUUGCGAAAGAUCUGCAGAUGAACCCGAAGGUAGCGAAUGGUGGGUUCAUCGAUGUGUACAAAUAUGACGUGCAUACGCACCAGCUGGAACAUUAUCACAGGACAGAGAUCGACGAGGCUCCUGGAGCGCUUUGCGGUUUCCAAGGUCGAGUACUGGUCGGCGUUGGUCGUGUGCUGAGGAUCUACGAUCUUGGCAAGAAGAAACUUCUGAGGAAGUGCGAGAACAAACACAUUCCCAACCAGAUUGUCAACAUCCAAGCCAUGGGAUCGAGGGUAUUCGUUUCCGAUGUUCAGGAGUCGAUCUACUGCAUCAAGUACAAGCGAGCCGAGAAUCAGUUGAUUAUAUUUGCCGACGAUACCCAUCCUCGGUGGAUUACGACGUCCACGUUGUUGGACUAUGACACGGUUGCAACGGCUGACAAAUUCGGGAACAUAGCCGUCCUUCGCUUGCCGCACUCCGUUUCGGAUGACGUCGACGAAGAUCCAACCGGAAACAAAGCCCUGUGGGAUCGAGGUCUGCUGAAUGGUGCUUCACAAAAGGCGGAGAAUAUCUGUACAUUCCAUCUGGGCGAAACGAUCAUGUCCCUGCAGAAGGCUACCCUUAUUCCGGGUGGUUCCGAGUCACUGAUCUAUGCAACGAUGAGCGGAACGGUAGGGGCACUGGUACCGUUCACCAGUCGGGAAGAUUACGACUUCUUCCAACAUCUGGAGAUGCACAUGCGCAACGAGAAUACACCGCUCUGCGGAAGGGACCAUCUGAGCUACCGGAGUUACUACUACCCGGUGAAGCACGUGAUGGAUGGCGAUCUGUGCGAGCAGUUCACUUCGAUGGAUCCGGCCAAGCAGAAGAGCAUCGCAUCGGAUUUGGGUCGUACGCCAAAUGAGGUCGCGAAGAAGCUGGAAGACAUCCGAACGCGAUAUGCGUUCUAAGCGAGUGAAAGAUUUGCGUGGGAUAAGUGUCCGCUGGCGUGUGUCGAGGACUUUUGGAAAGAAUACUGACUGCUAAUGCAACAAGAACAACACUGAUAAAUGCUAGAAUAUCUGUCAAAACGAUGUUGAGGAAUCAACCAACCUAUUAGCUGUUUAAGACCGCAGAAUUUGUCACCCGCAUAUCUUCGAGAAAAAUUACGUAAUUUGGAUUAGUCCAAGUUGAUUUUGUGAUCAACAACAACCCAUCUCAACAGUGGACGCGGUAAUCCAUCAUUAAUCUAUAAGAAUUCUAUCAAAAUCGGUGUUGAAUCUGUGUGGAAACAUGCUGCCCUCAUUUGCAGAAGUUCUUACGAGAUUCCUAGUUUAGCAGUUAUCAAUAGAUUGAAACUCGUUUGAUGAAUCUUGCAACCAUCCAAAUCCCAUGAACCCAUAAAUCAUCGUCAACACACAAACAGCAGGACACUUGCCGCAACAGCGGAGUGGUAUUAAUACUUAUUUAUUUCUUUCCCGGUAGUGUUACUAGUUAAGUACAUACUUUCUUUCACGUUGUAGUGAAGCUUACAUUUUAAACCCAUGUAAUCAUCAACACUGGAUUAUAAUCAUAUUCCCAGUUUAACUUGCACGGCAGUGACUGUCUUCAAUAAUAACAGUGAAACGGACACACGCAACAUCCGUACCUAAAAGGAAAACAAAAAGUCAA